CUCUGCAUGUUCCAGAUAUGCCAAUUGUGUGAUGUAGACGAAUUCGCCAAGUGCGUAAAGUGAGUGUGCGUGUGUGUGUGUGGAGUGUGUAUUAGUAACAGCAGGUUUCAACGUCGACAACGUCGACGCUUUCUCCGCCUUCACACGCCCCCCCCCCACAAAUCGCAUUCAGCAUAGGCAACAAACAAAUAAACAACAACCAGCAGCAGCAGCAGCAACAAUUGAAGAAGUUUUUGCACCGUUUGCAACAAGAUGCAACAGAACGCAGCCAGCAAUCCAUUUUCGGUGGCCGCCUAUGGCGAUCGUCCGCAAUUGGGACUGGAUGUGGAAUUUGGCUCUGACCCCGCCAGCGGAGCGGCAUUCUUCCAAAGCGAUGGACGCAAACACGAUGAUCUCAAGCAGAUGCUCGACAGCAACAAGGAUGGCCUCAAGCUGGAGGCCAUGAAACGCAUCAUUGGCAUGAUUGCGCGUGGACGCGAUGCCAGCGAUUUGUUCCCGGCUGUGGUCAAGAAUGUCGUCUCCAAGAACAUUGAGGUGAAGAAGCUGGUCUAUGUGUAUCUGGUGCGCUAUGCGGAAGAGCAACAGGACUUGGCAUUGCUAUCGAUAUCGACGUUCCAGCGGGCGCUGAAGGAUCCCAAUCAAUUGAUACGCGCCUCAGCGUUGCGUGUCCUCUCAUCGAUCAGGGUCAGCAUGAUUGUGCCCAUUGUGAUGCUGGCGAUACGCGACAGUGCCGCCGAUCUCAGUCCCUAUGUCCGCAAGACGGCGGCGCAUGCGAUACCCAAGCUCUACUCUUUGGAUGCGGAGCAAAAGGACGAAUUGGUCACGGUCAUCGAGAAGUUGCUCUCCGAUCGCACCACGCUCGUGGUGGGCUCAGCUGUGAUGGCUUUCGAUGAGGUGUGCCCGGAACGCGUCGACUUGAUACACAAAAACUAUCGCAAGCUGUGCAAUCUGCUCGUCGAUGUGGACGAAUGGGGUCAGGUGAUCAUAAUCAAUAUGUUGACCCGCUAUGCGCGCACACAGUUCGUCGAUCCCAAUCCCGAUGAGGAGCAUGGGGCAAAUGAUUGUCUCGAUGGCGAUGCAACGGCCAAUGAGCGUUUCUACGAUGAGUCAUCGUCGGCCAGCGAUGACGAUGAUAAUGAUAAUGAUGCAUCCAGUGGCAAUGAGGGCAAAGCCAAGAGCAACAAUGUCAAUAACAAUGACAAGGAGCACGACAAGGAUACGAGUGGCAGCAGCGGCGGCGGCAGCAGUUAUCAUAUCGAUCUCGAUCAUCGUUUGCUGUUGCGACAGACAAAACCAUUGCUGCAAUCGCGCAACGCAUCGGUUGUGAUGGCCGUGGCCCAAUUGUAUCAUCAUGUGGCGCCACGCAACGAAGUCCAACUGAUUGCCAAGGUCCUCAUACGUCUGUUGCGCUCCCACAAGGAGGUGCAGAGUGUUGUCCUCAAUUGCAUUGCAUCGAUGUCGUCGCGUCGCAAAGCGAUCUUUGAGCCGCAUCUGAAAUCUUUCUUUGUACGCACCAGCGAUCCCACGCACAUUAAACUGCUCAAAUUGGACAUUCUCACCAAUUUGGCAUCCGCAUCGAGCAUUUCGCUCAUCCUGCGCGAAUUCCAAACGUACAUCUCGAGCAGCGAUCGACCAUUUGUGGCUGCCACCAUUCAGGCAAUUGGACGAUGUGCGGCCAGCAUUAAAGCGGUCACCGAGACCUGUUUGAGUGGUCUGGUGCAUCUGCUCUCCAAUCACGAUGAACACGUUGUUGCUGAGAGCGUGGUGGUGAUCAAGAAACUGUUGCAGAGCAAAGCGGCCGAACACUUUGAGAUCAUCACCCAGAUGGCGAAGCUGAUCGAUUACAUCAAUGUGGCAGCCGCACGUGCGGCGAUCAUUUGGCUGAUUGGCGAAUACAAUGAGAAGGUGCCGCUGAUAGCGCCCGAUGUGCUGCGCAAGAUGGCCAAAUCGUUUGUGGACGAACAGGAUGUGGUGAAGCUGCAGGUGCUCAAUCUGGGCGUCAAAUUGUAUCUGACCAAUCCGCAGCAGACAUCGCUGCUGUGCCAAUACGUGUUCACGCUGGCCCGCUACGACACCAACUACGAUGUGCGCGAUCGUGCGCGCUUCUUGCGCCAAUUCAUCUUCCCGGCCAGUGGCAAAAGUAGCGUGCUCAGCCAGCAGGCGCGUCAAGUGUUCUUGGCCGCCAAACCGGCUCCGUUGCCCGAGAGCAAGUAUCGGGAUAGCAAUGUGUAUCAGUUGGGUUCAUUGUCGCAUUAUCUGAAUAUGCCAGCGUCGGGCUAUAAGGAUUUGCCCGCAUUCCCAGCCGUUGCACCCGACUCCAGUGUGCGCAACAUCGAGGGCUAUAUGCAUGAGAAGUUGCCCGGCGAUAGUUCGGGACGUGGCAAGCAUUCGGGCGAGGAGGCGCAGCAGGGAGCGUCUGUUGGUGCCGCUGCUGGCAAGGAGAAGCAACGUAAGCAGGCUAAACGUGACAAGGGCUUCCUUUCCGAGUCGGACAAAUCGUCGGCAUAUUCCGAGUCGAGUGGCAGCGAGGAUUCCGACAGCAGCAGUGACAGUUCAUCCAGCAGCGACAGCGACGAUGACGAUGAGGCUGACGAGCAGCAGCCCAAAAGUAAAGUGCAAGCCACCAAGCAGCUGCCACAAGCGGUGGCCAGCAAUUCAGCUCCUGCUCCUGCUGCUGCUGCAGCUGCUUCUCCCAACAAUAACAACAAUAAUGCUGUCGAAGAUUCAGGCACAUCGGACAGCGGCGAAUCGUCGUUCUACAGCGGCAGCGGCAGCGAGAGCAACAGCAGCGAUGGUCAAAGCAGCGACUCGGAGAGCGAACAACCUGCGGCAUCAGCCGCACCAGCUGCCAAAACGCAAGCCAAGGCAACAGAGACAGCUGCUAAGGCGCCCGCCAAGAGCAACUUGGAUCUGCUGCUCGAUCUGGAUGAUAUACCGCCCAUUGGACCCGUGAUGACGCCCUCGCUGGGCGGCUUCCUUACGCCGGGCACACCCGGUCUACAAGCGACAUUACAGCCGCAGCAGGCGCGCAAUCGCAUCGAGCUCGUCGGCGCCUCGCACACGGACUUCAAGCACAAGCCGCUGCUGAACAAGCUGCAAGGACACGGCCUUCAGCUGGGAUAUCGUUUCACCCGCUCGCCGCAUUUGUAUGCGGCGGCAAUGUGUUCGAUUGAGCUGCACUUUGAGAAUCGCAGCGAUCACGAGCUGACCAGCAUUCGGAUGGGGCAACAAACACUGCCACCUGGCAUGCAACUGAGCGAGUUCGCUCCCAUCGCACAGCUGCAACCGGAGCAGGUUGCCAGCGGAGUGCUCGGCGUGGAUUUCAAUGAUACAACGCAUGCGAUUGACUUUGAGUUGGUGUCGAGUGCGGGCAGCUCACGUGUCCAGCUGAAGCCUCCGGUGGGUGAAUUGGUGCGUGCCGUGCAGAUCAGCGAGAGUUUGCAUCGCGAGGAGCGUGGCAAGUUGCGUGGCAUGAACGAGCAUCAGUGUGAGCUGCGUGGCAUGCAGCGUGAACUGCUCGAUGUGGCAGCAUUGAAGCAAAAGAUCUACGAGUGCAUCAAUGUGGCGCACACGUUCAGCUCGACGACGGGACAAUUGCAUUGCUUUGCCGGCCAAACGCUCAGCUCGAAGAGUCUCGUCCUGCUCACGUUGCAGUGGCAAACGGAUGAGGCACUCACGCUGCUCGUCAACUGCGAAAAGAUGGUCAUCGGUUCGAUGGUGUUGAAUGAGUUGCGCAACGCGUUGCAGCUGAGUUUUUCCAUUUAAAUUGAAUUUGAUUUGAAUUGAGUGUUGAAUCUUUUAACUGAAUCUGAAGCAAAGCAAAGUAAAGCAAAAGGGAAAAUCAUUACGUAAACUAAUCUAUUAAUUUUAUAUUAUUAAAAGCACAUUCUAUGUACUCUAUACUUUAUACUUUAUACUGUGAACAAUUAUUGAAUUGAGAAUUGAAUCCUAAACACAUUAUUUAACCACUUUCAUACAUUAUAAGUUUGCGUAACAAAACGAGAAUCCAAGAGCAACAUUUUGAUUAUUUCUUUUUUUUUUUUUUUUGUUUGUUGUACUCGUCAAAAGCUGCUAAAAUAUUACGUAAAACAUUCGAUUACAUUUACAUAAAUAUUAAACAAAAAACUGAAAACAAAUGCGAUUCCAGAAGCAAGUGCAGAAAUUAUGGACAAUUUUAUUAUAAAAACAAAAACGCAAAAUGAAAAAACCCUUUUAAUCAAUGUUGUUGCCUAUGCGCGUGUAUGUGUGUGUGUGUGUGUAUUUGUACUAUAACUAAAUGUGUAUUAGUGUAUGCAUGUGUGUGUGUGUUUUGAUGUUGUAACUCUGUUGCCUUUGUGCUCUAUGCGGCCUUUUUCAAUAUCGUAGCAAAAAAAAACAAAGAAGAUAAGAAAAAAACGUAAAAAAAAAUAACAUACAUAACGAUAUAUAGUAUAUAUAUACAGAUCGAGGGCUUGCAGCACAGCACUAAUUAUCCAAAUGUUAACCGAAUUGUUGCCUACUACGAACAAAUUCCAAAAUAGUCGACUUUUGAUUUUGAUUAGCAACUUUUUCUAUAUACAACACAAUCUUUCAUUCUGUUGCCUAGCAAAUUGUAUCGCACGCAAUCCGAUAUACCAAGUACAUAUGUAUAUACUAUAUAUACAUAUAUUUGUAUACUAUAUAUACUUGUAGAUUUGAGAUGACUAUUUGCAUAUACCAGCCAGAGAGAGAGAGAAAGAGAGAGUUAGCAGUUGAAACCUAUAAUGGAGCCUAGCUCCCAUUUUGUUAAUCAAAUAAAUAACCAAUAUAUAUAUACAUAUAUAUGACUGUGUAUAUGUAUAUGUAUGUGUGAGCCAGCUAAUCCGUUUCCUACGCCAACUUUUCAAGCUCCCCCUAAAUAUGAUAAAAAAAAAAAAUAAAUAAACGUUUUCGAGGCAUUUUUCAUUUUUGGCUUUUUCGAAAAUUAAGCAAUUGAAUGUUGAAAUAUUUACAUACAUACAUUUUUUAUAUAUAUACUAUUAUUAUGAUGAUGAUCGUUAGGCAUUCAAGUUUCAAAUUUCCACUCUUAAAACAAAACUCAAAAAGUAAAAAAAAAAAAUGAAAACUAAACCAUGAACAAUAAUCAUUUGUCCAAUAAAAGAAAACAAACAAUGCGCAAUUAUUGUUGAUUGGAUAUGAUGCAAAUGAACAAACAUAAAAAUAUUAUUAUAUAUUGUAUGCUUUUUAAAUCUAUGCAAGAUGAACUCUACAUCUAAAUCUAUUGAAAUAAACGCAGCGUUUUAAAAAUA